CGGACCUAGUUAUAUAAAAAAAAAUGAAGCACAGGUGAAAUCAGGAGCCGCAGCCAGUUUGAUAAAAUAUCUUAUGGCAUCGUAAAAAUAUUAUUGUAUGCAAUAUAACGUCUCAUAUAGUAAAUUAUUUUCGAGGUAAUAUCAACAUACUAUACAAUGUAAUGCACUGUUUUGAAUAUUUAACAGUUUAUAAAUAUAUUUCAAACGAUCGCGAAAUUUAUAUAGCAUUGAAAGGGUAAUGAGUGCUAGUAUUCCGCACCGUAAGCUAGCAGCAAGCACACCAAAAUGUCGCUCAUCGUUUACAUUACCAUAACGUUUGUAAUCGUAGCAUUAAUAUUUAGUUUAUAUCAAAAAUCUACUAAUGCGAUAUGUACGUCAAAAAAGAGGCUGGAUGGAAAGACCGUAAUCGUCACUGGAGGAACAACAGGUAUCGGCUUAGAAACAGCAACGGACUUCGCUGAAAGAGGCGCUCGAGUCAUCAUCGCCUGUCCCUUUCAAAACGAAGGAGAGGAUGCCCUAAAAUUGAUCACAGAAAAAACAGAAAACAAGGAUGUAGUCUUCAAACUGCUUGAUUUAUCUUCAUUAGCAUCAAUCAGAAAAUUUGCAGCAGACAUCCUUGAUACGGAAAAAAGAUUGGAUAUUUUAAUAAACAACGCCGGUGUUGGAGUCGGCGGAGAAACUACAGAUGAUGGAAUGAAUUACAUCAUGCGAGUGAACUAUUUUGGACCAUUCUUAUUAACUUUAUUAUUGUUACCGCUCUUGAACAAGACUGGAACGAUAUUUGAACCCGCUAGAAUAGUCAAUGUUUCAUCUGUAUUACAUAAUUUUGGUUCUAUUAAUUUCGACAAAGUUAAUGUCGCCAAUUAUGGGUUAGGAAUUCUAUUAUACUCGAAUAGCAAGCUUGGUCUCAUAUUAUUUGCUCAUGAAUUGAGUAAGAAACUGAAAGGAAAUGUCGUUGUGAACUGUGUUGAUCCUGGUUACGUUGGAACCAGGAUAUUCGUUAAGUCUGGAACAAUUUCUGGAAUAAUUCUGUUAAUUAUCGCAUUAUUGUUUUUCAAAACGCCCUGGUAUGGUGCUCAGACGACAAUAUUUGCGGCAUUGGGCAAGGAGGCGGGGAAGGCGAGCGGACAAAUUUUUAAGAAUUGUCAGUUGUCCCGAGCGAAACAAUCUGCCUACGAUGACGAAACGGCUGCGAAGCUGUGGAACAAGUCUAUCAGUUGCGUCAAGUUGAGCAGUGAAGAGCUCGCACAAUGUUUUAGGUGAAUGUUUACGUAUUUGUGUAUGUGAAAAAUGUUUCAGUAAUUUAAAUUAUAU